CAUUCAUCACUUGCCUCAACUUCAACAAUGGCGUCGCGCAACAGGUUGGUAGCCUUUACGGCUUCCAGAUUACUUCGAGGUUCAAGGCCACUGGCUUCCAGAGCAGCACCGCUUGCUGCGCUCUUGAACGCCCCUUCCACGCGCCACUUCUCGCAGCUAAACUCUAACUCCGCCUCAUCUUCGAACCCCGCCAGCAUCUUCAAUCUGGGACAGCUCAACUCACAGGCUGGACCUCCCUCAUACUUCGACUCACAUAAGCGGUUACCAACAAAUACUGUUGUGCGAUUCGUACCACAGCAGACAGCAUGGAUCGUCGAGCGCAUGGGAAAGUUCAACCGCAUACUGGAGCCUGGUCUAGCUAUCUUGAUCCCCUUCAUCGACCGGAUAGCCUAUGUCAAGAGCCUCAAGGAGAAUGCGAUUGAGAUCCCUAGUCAGAGUGCCAUCACAGCAGACAAUGUCACAUUGGAGCUUGACGGUGUGCUGUACACCAGGGUGUUUGAUGCUUACAAGGCAAGCUACGGCGUCGAGGAUGCCGAGUACGCCAUCUCCCAGCUUGCGCAGACAACAAUGCGUUCUGAAAUCGGUCAGCUUUCGCUCGACCACGUUUUGAAGGAGCGCGCCAACCUGAACGCCAACAUCACCGCCGCAAUCAACGAGGCUGCCCAGGACUGGGGUGUUACCUGCCUGCGUUACGAGAUCCGUGACAUCCACGCCCCCGAGCCUGUCGUCGAAGCCAUGCACCGCCAAGUCACCGCCGAACGAUCCAAGCGUGCCGAGAUCUUGGAGUCUGAGGGUCAGAGGCAGUCCGCUAUCAACAUCGCUGAGGGAAAGAAGCAGUCGGUCAUUCUGGCGUCUGAGGCGUUGAGGGCCGAGCAGAUCAACAUGGCAAGCGGAGAGGCAGAGGCUAUCCUGCUGAAGGCACAGGCUACCGCCAAGGGUAUCGAUGCUGUUGCGCAGGCUAUUGAGCAGGGACAAGGCUCAGCACAGAAUGCCAUCUCGCUGCAAGUUGCCGAGAAGUAUGUUGAUGCUUUCGGCAACCUCGCUAAGGAGGGCACAAGCGUCAUUGUCCCUGGCAAUGUUGGUGACAUUGGCGGCAUGAUUGCCAGUGCAAUGGCAAUCUACGGAAAGGUCAACGAGUCGUCAAAGAGCACAGCGACAAAGCUGGUCUCAGGUGGCUCGCAGGACUCUACAGGAGCUGCCAAGAAGAUUAAGGAGCUUGAGAACCGUCUUAGCGAGGCAGAGAAUGGCGCAAGCAGCGUUCAGGAUGAGAUCAACAAGGUUAUGGACCAGAGGCUGAGGAGGUAGAUGGAUUAAAAGGGUUGAGAUUGUUCAACAGGAUACGACACGAUUGUAUAUUAUACCAUGCUGUACCAUUAGCAAAAGUCAGCACGCAAGCGAAGCAUUGGGUUCAUUGGGUAUGGCUCUAAAAGCGCACACUUUCAGCUCGAUUCUCUAUGUCUAUAACUAACUCAUCUACUUUAC